GAAAGUGGAUGGGGUGGUGGAGCCCAACGUCACCAGUCGACCCCCUCUGGCAUUCAAUUCAAACACAAACACAUCCCCAAGCAAGGAGCAUCAGCUCCUCUCCCUGCUGAAUUCAAUGGGGUUCCUGCAGGUCUGCCUGCAAGAUUUGAAAAAUCAACUAAUGGUUCAGAAAAACAAAUGGAUGGACAGAUUACAACAAUCUCAAGUAAGCGCAAGCAUGAAGAUGCCCAGCCUAUUAUGGUCAAGCGCAAACGUGGCAGACCACCCUUAUAUGAAAGAGCUGCAGCCCCACCACCGAACCGUGUUCCCACUCCACCUCCUGCACAGCCAGUGGUAUCUUCAAGACCACAGGCUGUUUCACACACACAGGGAGAGCCUUUAAAUGUUCUACCUGAAGCAUCACUCUCUAAGUCUGCCAGAGUUCAGAUUCCCGGAGAGAAUUCAACAGAUGGUCCCCCUCCACUUCUGAUUGUAGAAAACGAUUAUCGAAUUGGGAAUCGUGUUGGUAUGGGUGGUGGUACACCAAGUCUACACAGAGUCAGCAGAACACAGCUAAAUGUUGUGAGUUGGGUGGCUUACCUUACAUCUCAAGUCACUGCAGUUGUAGCUACCACAGAUGCUGCUGCACUAACCUGUCAUGACAAAUCACUCCACAUAUUUGAUAUAAAGACAGGGGAAAUGAUGUUACCCCAGUACAGCUUCAAGGAAAGGCAUCACAGCUUUUCGUCCAUGAGAACUGCUUGAUGGUUAUAACAACAGAAGCCACUCUCACAAUCUGGGACAUCAGUAAGAAGAAGCGAAUUCUCUCAGAGACCAUUCGACAUUUAGUUGAAGGGCGUAACGGCGGAGUGAAGGCUGUCCAGCUCACUGCUGAAGGUACACCAGUUGUACUGCUUGCAUCAGGAGAAGCCUUCACCAGAUGCCAUGACCUGGAGGCUUGGCUUUU